GCCUGAGGGGUCAACGAAUAAAAUAAUCCAGAGAGAGGAGAGAGAAGUAAAAAGGUGGAGGAAGAAGCGAAAAGCGAGUGAGGGCAGUGUUGCUUAAUAAAAGAAAACGAACGGUGGUGAUAGGCUUCAGUCUAGAUCUCAAUCGUCUCCACCUUGCUUUCUUCUCCAGCGUCCGAUUCUCUCACCGAUCUCGCGCCAAAUACAAAUUCGUGUCAACCCAACCCAGGGUUCCGGCGAGCAUGGCCGACGGUCCGGCUAGCCCAGGCGGCGGCAGCCACGAGAGCGGCGACCACAGCCCUCGCUCUAACGUGCGCGAGCAGGACAGGUACCUCCCUAUCGCUAACAUAAGCCGCAUCAUGAAGAAGGCACUUCCUGCCAACGGUAAAAUCGCAAAGGACGCCAAAGAGACCGUUCAGGAAUGCGUCUCCGAGUUCAUCAGCUUCAUCACCAGCGAGGCCUCUGAUAAGUGUCAGAGAGAAAAGAGAAAGACUAUUAACGGCGAUGAUUUGCUCUGGGCGAUGGCCACUCUCGGUUUCGAGGAUUAUAUGGAUCCUCUUAAAAUUUACCUCACUAGAUACCGAGAGAUGGAGGGUGAUACGAAGGGCUCUGCCAAGGGUGGAGACUCAUCUGCUAAGAGAGAUGUUCAGCCAAGUCCUAAUGCUCAGCUUGCUCAUCAAGGUUCUUUCUCACAAAAUGUUACUUACCCGAAUUCUCAGGGUCAACAUAUGAUGGUUCCAAUGCAAGGCCCGGAGUAGGUAUCAAGUUUAUUAUUGACCCUCUUGUUGUAACGUAUGUUUUCUACGCCAGUUACCAAGUGCUCACGGCAUAUUGAAUGUCUUUUUAUGUUAUGUGAAUACUGACAGGAGAUGUUGGUUCUUGUGUCCGUUUUUUUUUUUAAAUUAAGGUUUGUAUAUUAUCUUUGGAUUCGAAUUAUUAUUUGAAAGUUAUUAUUAUAUUGUAAAUCCUAGAGCCCUGUUGUCUGAAUCCAUCAGGCGGCUUGGUAAAGACCGAGAUUUUAGGACUGAUUGUAAGCAUAAAUCCGAAUAUUCUUUUCCUAAUUUCUUUGCACAAUAAUGUAUGAAGAAGGCUCGAGCUUCUUUUAUAUU